UGCGAGGAGGGCGGCGACGGGCCCGGCGCCGGUUGGGCUCGGGGGUCGGGCCCGAGACCCUCCCCUGGCCGGUUGGGCGCAGGGCGAGCGCGCCCCGGCAGCGGAAAGCAGAGCCCCGGAUCCCUUCUCCCUCCGUCUCUUUUCUUUAUACUCAGCGAAAAAUAAACACCCGGGAAGAAAUCUGCGGGUACGGUGGGACCGCUCCACGGCUGCCGAACGCCAACUUGCUUCGUGUGUCCUGGGCAGGUCUGGGGCAGGUGGCAGCUCCGUGACCUACCACCACGAUGGGAGCCGGACUUUUUGAUGAGGAAACCCACACAGUGGAGGCCGGCCAGGGAGAUUUGGCAGAUCUGUCAGAAGGUUUUGACAAAACCUGCCCCGUUCCCUUUGGGGAAUCCGAAUGAGGGAGAUUGCAGACACCUUUACCGGGAAACCAAGGACAUUUCUGUAUAAUCAGUGGAUGAAGGGAUUUUUCUCAGACUUUCUCCCGCUUUGCCUCGAGGAUUAAUCCACCGCAGUCUACAGUUCCAGUGGUAACCACCAGGCACAAGAUGUGGCAGAAGCCUAGAUUAUCUGCAGAAUUGUUCUGGACCCUUCCUUUGCUUAGGGGGGUUUAACCACAUGCCACCCACCACCCAGCCCGGACUCCCUCCUGCUGGUCUCCUCUCUUUAACCUAUUCUUAUUUUCUGAGUUAAAUUCUGUUUCCAAGACUGUCCCCUGGAGGUCUAAGUGGAUUGCCAGCAAUGAGAGAUUAAGUGCCGAGGGAAGAGGAAGCGCCCUGUGUUGUGUCUUCUCUCCGCUGCCGACAUGAAGUGCUUUCUCCAGGUGCUGAGCUGUCUGGCUGUGCUGGGUGUAGUGACAGCACAGCGGCACGUCGCCGUCCAGGAGGGACCCUUGUACCGCACAGAGGGCUCCCACAUCACCAUCUGGUGCAACGUGAGCGGCUACCAGGGACCUUCCGAGCAGAAUUUCCAGUGGUCCAUUUACCUGCCCUCCGCCCCAGAGCGUGAGGUCCAGAUCGUCAGCACCAUGGACUCUUCCUUCCCUUACGCCAUCUACACCCAGCGUGUCCGCGGUGGGAAGAUCUAUGUGGAGAGAAUCCAGGAGAACUCGGCCUUAUUGCACAUCACUGAUCUCCAGGCCCGGGAUGCUGGAGAGUACGAAUGCCACACACCCAACACUGAUGGGCGAUACUUCGGGAGUUACAGUGCCAAGAUGAACCUAGUGGUGAUCCCAGACUCUCUGCAGACCACCGCCAUGCCCCAGACGCUGCUCAAAGUGGAGCAGGACCCUCUGGAGCUCACUUGCGAGGUGGCCACCGAGACGUUCCAGCACAGCCACGUGUCUGUGGCCUGGCUCCGGCAGAGAGGCAGCGAGAAGCCCGUGGAGGUCAUUGCCCUGAGCCGAGAUUUCGUGCUUCACUCCAGCAGCGAGUAUGCCCAGCGGCAGAGCCUCGGGGAGGUGCGGCUGGACAAGCUGGGGAGCACCGCCUUCCGCCUCACCGUCUUCCACCUGCAGCCUUCCGACCAGGGCGAGUUCUACUGUGAGGCCGCCGAGUGGAUCCAGGACCCGGACGGCUCGUGGUAUGCCAUGACCCGGAAGCGUUCCGAGGGAACCGUGGUCACCGUCCAGCCCACAGACAAGGAGUUCACCGUCCGGCUGGAAACAGACAAGCGACUGUACACGAUGGGGGAGCCGGUGGAGUUCAGAUGCAUCCUAGAGGCUCAGAACAUUCCCGACCGCUACUUCGCCGUUUCCUGGGCCUUCAACAGCUCGCUCAUCGCCAGCAUGGGGCCCAAUGCCGUGCCCAUCCUCAACAGUGAAUUUGCCCAUCGGGAAGCCAAGGGACAGCUGAAAGUGGCCAAAGAGACCGACAGUGUCUUUGUGCUAAAGAUCUACCACCUGCGCCAGGAAGACAGCGGGAAAUACAACUGCCGCGUGACCGAGAGAGAGAAAACGGUCACCGGGGAAUUCAUCGACAAGGAGAGCAAGCGGCCGAAGAAUAUCCCCAUCAUAGUCCUUCCCAUCACAGAUGACUGGGUAGUUAAAGUUCCCCAGAACCACCAGAUCCUGCCCCAAGGCCACUUGGAGAGCAGCGUCUUCGUGGAGGUCACCAGCAAUGCCAGCGUCAUCCUCGAGGGCGAGAACCUGCACUUCUCCUGCAGCGUCCGGACGGUGGGCCGGCCGCAGAGCCGCUUCUCUGUCAUCUGGCAGCUGGUGGACAGGCAGAACCGUCGCAGCAACAUCAUGUGGCUGGACCGGGACGGUACCGUGCAGUCGGGCGCGUCCUACUGGGAGCGCAGCAGCUUUGGGGCUGUCCAGAUGGAGCAGGUGCAGCCCAACUCCUUCAGCCUGAACAUCUUCAACAGCAGGAAGGAGGACGAGGGCCAGUACGAGUGCCACGUGACCGAAUGGGUGCGGGCCGUGGACGGCGAGUGGCAGAUCGUGGGGGAGCGCCGAGCUAGCACCCCCGUCUCCAUCACGGCUCUUGAAACGGGCUUUGCGGUCACAGCCAUCUCCCGCACGCCGGGGGUCACCUACAGUGAUUCCUUUGACCUGCAGUGCAUCAUCAAACCCCAUUACCCAGCUCGGGUCCCCGUGUCGGUGACCUGGCGGUUCCAGCCAGUGGGCACCGUCGAGUUCCAUGACCUGGUGACCUUUACCCGGGAUGGAGGGGUCCAGUGGGGGGAUCGGUCCUCCAGCUUCAGAACCCGAACGGCCAUCGAGAAGGCCGAGUCCAGCAACAACGUCCGUCUCAGCAUCAGCCGAGCCAGUGACACGGAGGCGGGCAAGUACCAGUGUGUGGCAGAGCUGUGGUGGCGAAACUACAACAACUCCUGGACGCGGCUGGCCGACAGGACCUCCAACCUGCUGGAGAUCAGGGUGCUGCAGCCAGUCACCAAGCUGCAGGUGAGCAAAUCAAAGAGGACCCUCACCCUGGUGGAGAACAGGCCGAUCCAGCUGAACUGCUCUGUCAAGUCUCAGACCAGCCAGGACUCCCACUUCGCCGUGCUCUGGUACGUCCACAAGCCCUCGGACGCCGACGGCAAGCUCAUCCUCAAAACCACGCACAACUCCGCCUUCGAGUACGGCACCUACGCUGAGGAGGAGGGCCUGCGAGCCAGGCUGCAGUUUGAGAGGCACGUGUCCGGGGGCCUGUUCAGCCUCACUGUCCAGAGAGCUGAGGUCAGCGACAGCGGCAGCUACUACUGCCACGUGGAAGAAUGGCUGCUGAGCCCCAACUAUGCCUGGUACAAGCUGGCAGAGGAGGUUUCGGGGCGCACGGAAGUUACUGUGAAGCAGCCAGACAGCCGCCUGAAGCUCAGCCAAGUGCAGGGAAACCUGUCGGUCCUGGAGACGCAGCAGGUGCAGCUGGAGUGCGUCGUCUUGAACCGCACCAGCGCGGCCUCCCAGCUCACGGUGGAGUGGUUCGUGUGGAAGCCCAACCAUCCCGAACGGGAGACGGUGGCCCGCCUGAGCCGCGAGGCUACUUUCCACUACGGAGAGCAGGCGGCCAAAAACAACCUGAAGGGGCGGCUGCAUUUGGAGAGCCCUUCCUUGGGCGUGUACCGGCUCUUCAUCCAGAACGUGGCCGUGCAGGACAGCGGGACCUACAGCUGCCACGUGGAGGAAUGGCUGAUCAGCCCCAGCGGCGUGUGGUAUAAGCGGGCAGAGGACACUGCUGGGCAGACAGCUGUGACAGUCAUGCGACCAGAUGCCACCCUGCAGGUGGACACGGUGGUCCCCAAUGCCACAGUGGCUGAGAAGGCCGCUUUCCAGCUGGACUGUAGCAUCGUGUCUCGCUCGAGCCAGGAUUCCCGCUUUGCGGUGGCCUGGUAUUCACUGAGGACUAAAGCUGGAGGGAAAACAGGCAGCCCUGGCUUGGAAGAACAGGAGGACGAGGAGGAGAAGGACGAGGAAGAGGAGGAAGAAGGGGGAGAGGACCCUACUGAGCGGACGGCCCUGCUGAGCGUGGGCCCGGACGCGGUGUUUGGCCCAGAAGGCAGCCCCUGGGAGGGUCGGCUUCGCUUCCAGAGGCUCUCUCCACUGCUGUACCGGCUCACGGUGCUGCAGGCAAAUCCCCGGGACACCGGCAACUACUCGUGCCGCGUGGAAGAGUGGCUGCCCAGCCCUCAGAAGGAGUGGUACCGGCUCACGGAGGAGGAGUCGGCCCCCAUUGGCAUCCAUGUUCUGGACACAAGUUCCACCCUGCAGUCUGUCAUCUGCUCCAACGACGCGCUUUUCUAUUUCGUCUUCUUCUACCCGUUCCCCAUCUUCGGCAUCCUUAUCAUCACCAUCCUGCUGGUGCGUUUCAAGAGCCGGAACUCCAGCAAAAACUCCGAUGGGAAGAAUGGGGUGCCCCUGCUGUGGAUCAAAGAACCACACCUCAACUACUCCCCCACGUGCUUGGAGCCGCCUGUGCUUAGCAUCCACCCAGGAGCCAUAGACUGAGGGGGCCCCAGGGGACGUCAGCCGCGGAGGAGCUGAGGUACCUGACUGCCCCUCGCUCUGUGAUCGGACAGCGGACAACCCCCCAACUGUGGAGUGCUCGCACAGAACACUGUCAGACUGGAGAAGUGUCCCCAGUCCCCGAUCAGGCGCAGAGCCGGACUGCUUCGAGGCGGCAGUCUGGGUUGGGUAGCUGUUUUCCAGCAGAUGUCAUCACCCUGCGGAAUUAGGUUUCUUGUUUUUGGUUUUUGGUAACGUAGUGAGUGAGUAGCUCCAGGUGCCACAUCUAACUCACUGAUUUAUAUAGUAUUCUCAGAUAGAUAGAUGAGGGGUUCUCGUUCUUUGUAAUGGACGCUUCUUAAAUCCCUUUGGUUUAUCCUUUUUGGAUUCCGUAAUGUCAUGGCUGAAUUUCUCUUACGUACAACUGAUGGCAAAAGGACGGAUGAACUUUAGAGUGCAGAGAAAUCUCUUCCAAGACCUUUUUUUAAAACAAAAAACAAAAACACUUGAAAACAUCACCCAUGGAUCAAAAUACACCCAUUUUUUGUACUUUCUUAUCAAGACUUCAAAAUUAUGUUUAGUGUGGGCCCAAAUAGUAUCUUAUCUGUUUCCUCAGCUGGAAUUGUUGGAACUACUUUGUAGUCAAGAUGAAAGCAGUGACUUUCGUUUCAAAGAACUGUGUAUGUACGAGAGAAAUCCCGCGUAACCCUAUUAGGAGUAGACCGUGCCCACCCAGCCUAUCUGUCAGGGAGGCAAAAAUAGGCUUCCUCCCAACCUUGCCAAAAACAUAAGAAAACUUUGUUGGAGAACACGCCAGAAGCUCCACGACAACGCAUGCUUUGCAAGCUAAAGUGGGCCGAGGGCUGCUUGUAGCAGCUACUGACUUUCAGAUUGAUAAAGCCAGUGAUUAGUGAAGGAAGGAAGGAAAGCGAGCUGUUGGCUUGAUCGGUUCUGCAAGGGCAGCCGCUAACUGGUAACUGAGCAGGUGGGCUUCUAUUUUAAGGUGCUUUGCCAAACUCUUACGGGAGAGUGGCCAAUGAGCCUGGGAAAGGGACAGCGUUGAGCUGAACACACGGGACCCAAGCAGCCACCAUAUACACCCACCGAGGGCACUGGGGCUGGCAGGCAGCGAAGUUCCUUGAAGAGGGGGACCGUCAGCAGCGGGAGGGGGUUCUCUAGAGCCUGAUGUUGGAGAGCGGGCAGGAAUCACUGCCUCCCUGGGUUUUUCUUCUUCCUUUCAAUUAGAUUUUCCUCAAAGAUAUUGAUGUUUUCCCUCCUCCCCAUUUUUCUUUCCCUGCUGCUCAUUGCGUAGGACCAUCCAGGGGGAGUUCCCAACGCAGCCCUUGGUAAUCCUUUCUGAACCCAGUCCCUGCAGAAAGUGUCACAUGCCUUUGUCUGUGGGUUUUUUGUACCUUUCCCUUUCUUAGAUGUCGUUUGUGGUUUUAGGUGAUCUGCUGGCUCAUUGCUGUGGAGGCUUUUAUUUAAAUGGCCCUGAAAGGGCCAUAAAAUAACAAUGUCACCCUGUUAUUUUCCACUAUUGGGCAAAAAGCUUGGUUCCCCUGGAGCAGAAUCUUCGGUUGCAAGUAUUUCCUUUGGCUCACUCCAGAAAGAUGUUUUGAUGCCCUUGCUUUCCCGUAGUUUGCUGGCCAAGAGUGCCAUCUCCCUUCCUCUGUGAACUUGAAUCUUGAAUCCCAAGGGAGUUCCCAGUUUGGAAAAAGCUGCCAGGGAUUUUGGCACUAAGUCUAACCAGAGAAGUUACUGUGAAACCUUGUUCUGAGACUGAACAGACUCCAGGGGAGGAUUCCCCGGGCCAUGUGGGCACCGAUCCUUAGAAUGGUCUUGGGGGUCCAGGUGCUUUUGGGUGCUCAGCAGACGCCUUGUUGUGUCAGAGGUGAGGGGAAGCAAGGUGACUGCUCAGCCAUCUUCCUACAAGCUUACAUGGACCUGCCUUCUUUUCCUCCCAGGCACACCAGUACUGUCCUAGUAGGCAGAGUAGGCACCACCACCUUAAUCCCGCUGCACGAAUGCUUUAGAGGUGCAGAAUGGGCUCAGUGGAAAGGAAGGAAGGCAGUCUUCUGCCUCAUUUCUCUAUUUCAGGGGUGUGAGCUUUCAGUGGGAAAUUGGUGACCCCUAAAUGGACUGAGUCAGUGAGGGAAGAUAGCUUACUGUUCCUCUCUCUGAAUGGAAAGACGCCAGAGGGCUGUCUGGGACUGGGCCCUGUACCUAAGAUUUGAGUUUGAAUUGGUUCACAGCUGUAGAAAAGUGUGUUCUGCACAUUAUUAAAUAGGUGAAGCAGUUGUGGGAAAUUUGAAAGGAAAAAAAAAAACCCGAAGCCAGUAUUUUAAUAAUUGUGUUUUUUUUUUCUGUGUAUUUUCUAACGGGCUGGGGAAUACAGUCAAAGGGUGAGUUUUUCUAGCUUUCUAUGAAAAUCCCCAGGACCUUCUUUCUUUGGCCAUUUCUAUGGAAAUGUGGUGUCAGAUGAGUGGUAAUGGUGCCCUCCAGUGGCUGGGAGACCUCAUUGCACAUAGCGGACUGGAGCCUUCAGUCCUCCGACCAGGACAGACAGACUUUUCUUAUCAACGAUAUUGCAUUCAUGAAACCUGCAGUGGGCUAGGCCCAUCCCAGGAUAUGGAUAUGACCGCACCCUCUCUCACCAGGGUGUUUCUGUAGCAAGUUUUCAUAUUCUUGUCAAACAGUGGUUUCUCUGCGUUAAUUGUUGAAGAAAAAAAGAGGUGGGAUAAGAAAACUACCCGUGCAUGGUGUAGAGAGCUGUUGAUUUUUUCGCUUGUUUUUUUUUUUUUUUAAGGAAAACGAUUUGUAAGAUGUUGCACUAAAAUGUUUUAUAUACACUUCAGACACCUGUAGUAAAUUAUGUUGAAAAUACGGCUGUUUAUAUUUCCUGGAGUCCACUGUCCUUUCUCCUCACGUAAUCAGCAGCGACUGUCCUCCAUCAACCUGUGUCCUGAAGGUCUAGAGUGAGUCCUGCCCCUGACGUUGACCUGCUAGGCUCAAGGUUCAUGGAUUGCAGCCUUUAUCAUCAUGCCCCACCCCCAGCCUAAGUGGUGGCUUUGUACAAAUGAUAACAAAACACUCUUUUCUCAAGACACCCUGCUGUCAUCUGCUGACAUGUAUCACAAUAAAGACACACGUGUAUCCUGACAGGCAGGGCUAUACUGCCCCUUCAGUUGUGCAACACACAAAGCACCUGGAGGCCUGCUAGGCGGGUGCAGAAUGUAGAGUUUAUACCCUGUUCUUUUUGCGGAGGAAAGACGGGUGGGCAGAAUGGGGUGAGGAGACUGACGGAGAAGGAGAUCGGGAACAUGGGCCAGCCUUCUCCUUGGCCGUCGAGGGCCUCUGCAGCCAGAGCCCACCAUCUUCCUCAAACUAUACCGUGAAAUAUUCAGCCAGCAUUUUCCAGGAAUGGAGGAAGGAGCAGGAGCUGUGCAUUCCUGUUUGGUGAGGAUGCACAGCUCACCCGUCUCUGUUCCCUGCACAGCUUGGAGGCUGCGGUGUGUGGGAGGAGUUCACCGCGUCUGCAAGGUGAGAAUGA